UCCUGUGCGAAGGUUAUCUCGCGACACAACACAGAACACUCCGUCCCUGUCAGAACAAUCUGACCGCUAUCUUAGGUUAUUUCUCGGACAUCAGUUCAGUUCACUGUUUCGUCCUCUGAGCAUUUGUAAUGCGCGCUAUUAUACAAAUUUCUUUGCUGUUUCGCGGGGUACGUAUUCCGUCCCGUUAGAACUGCCGAGUUCUUGUUCGUGCGAAAGGUGAAUGUUAGCAGAGAGACUGCCCAAGAUCUCCUCGCGCGGUCUUCUAGUACCGCGCAGCGAGUGCCAUUGUCACUAUGGCAAUCCUCCAGUCUUGCUGUUGCUGGCGUUCAGUGCGUACCGGCAGCUACGCCAGUGCCAUCUACACCACGGCUUACUUCAGUGUCACUGUGGUAAUAAUGGCGCACUUCGUUUACUCGGAGCACCUGUACUGGAGCGGAAAUCAGACCCAGCCACUAAGUAACAGCUUUCUGGAACCGGAAGUCAUUUCACCCACCUCCAUGAUAUUCAACGUCGUGUUGCUCUGCUCUUCGGGAUGUGGUGUUUUGUCUUCUCUGCUGCUUAUAUACGGCAUCUAUCGGGACCAACGAGUCUUCCUGGUGCCGUGGAUCCUGACGGUGCUCCUUACCCUGUGUCUGGAUUUGACACACAGCGUCUACAUCUUCGUGCUACACUCGACAAAAUUCAACCCUCUGACAGCCAUUGUAUUCACGCUGGAUUUUUUCCUUCUGUGCCUCAAUGUGUACUCCCUGUUGUGCGUGAUAUCACAGUACCAGGAGUAUAAGGCGGGGCGUGGCACUGCAGAUAAUGACGCCUUCCUUGGAUGUAAGGCCCCACAAGUGAGGUACGCGCCCCGAGCCACUGCCACCAGCUGCCUGAGCACCAGAAGGGCCGCUACGUAUCAUGAGACAACGCAGAGUCCUACGGCCCUCCACUCGACCCUGCUCCUGCCGGAAGACACCAGUCGAUCACAACGCCCCAGCCUCAAGCACGUCCAGUUCCCGGACGACAGCAGGAAGGGCGAGGCGCUGCCGUCGAACCAGACAUCCGAGGUGGAAGCAGACAAUGGCGGUGUAGUUCUGGUUAUCGAGGAACCGUGGUCGACUGCAGAAGGCAAGGCUCCCAGCAUCCGAAGUCCGGGCGUUGACACAGCGCCCCUCAUAGAUUCCGUACCACAAAAUGAAUGCGCUGUGACGUGGAAUAAAUAAAAACAGAUGAAGUGAA